AUGGCUACCGCAGCUCCCGUAUUCAGAAUCGUGUCCAUGAAGUCGGGAACUCCCUUCCAGUAUCAAAAUAUCGUGCUGAAGGAUGGCCAAAUAUACAUUUCUGGCCAAGACAGCCCCAUCAACUUCCUUUUGAACGACGACAAGACCUUGAUAGACGCUACAAACAACAGAUUCAUCCAGAUCCACGAAAACGAAGUGGAAGAGACCUCCAGUAAGUCAUUGGCCACUAAGGGCUUUGCCCUCAAGGACGGCUACUUGACUCUCGGUGACAAGACUUUCUAUGCUUGCGCUAAUGGCGACAGCUACAAGUUGACCACCCACUGUGAAUCGGGCGACUCCAUUGCCCUCAAGAUCACCGAACAGACAAACUCGAACUAG